AUGGUCUCGUUCACCACUCUCCUCACGGCGACCCUUGCCACCGUGGCAGCCGCUUCGCCAGCGCUUCGCCUCUACGCCCGCCAGGAUGGCUGCCAGGGCGUCCGGGACGCCAUUGCUGCCAACGGAUGGCCCUGUGUCGAGGUGACGGCUGGCUCGUGCCAGUUCUGCUGCGAAUCCUGGUUCAACCUUGCGGCGGCCUAUAGCGACCCGCAGGCUUGCCACGGAGCCUCGGGCGAGUUCACGUGCCCUGCCGGCAGUGACCCUUACCACUGCGACGCUUUGAUCUUGCGGUCCUCACACCUCGGAUGCCUUGAAGGAAUGGGAAUGCUAGUCGAUAGUGAAGCGGGUUCAACACGCCGCUUCAAAUGUUUGGUGGCAAAGGAUUAAGCAUUACGCAGUUCUACAGUUGCUCAUAAAAGGUUGAAAUACACACAGCUCAACCAAUCCCGGUUCCAGCCCGUGCCUGUGGCUGUUCAUGUUGGCUUCGAUCAUACAAAUAUCGGAGCAGGAUCCUCAUGAUUAACAAAACGAUCACCUUCGUGACGGCCGAGUUAUAGUCAUCCGAAGCUAACAUAUCUCUCGACUUGAGCACCCACCACCGCCAAAGGGGAUGCAGCAAAUCUCGGCAGAGCAAGGUGUAUCAAUGGCCCGCAGCUAAUAAAAAGCAUAAGCUGACUACACACUGGAAGAGUUAUUUUCAAUGGCGAUGGUGAUGGGCAUGACUGCCAUGGUCAUGUCCAUCAUGACCGUCCCCAUCCUCAAGCUCCCCAUCCUCCACCCAGUCCGGGAACCCAUCAUCAAACAACUCCUGCAUCUUCUCCACCCUCUUCCCAUCAUCCAACCCC